AUGGUUCAAACCUUAUUCAUGUUUUAUUCUGCUCUAAUUCUUCGGAAACAGUUAUUGGGUAUCCGCUGUGGAAUGUUGAAAGUUAUCAUAUCGGAGCGACUGCCGCAUGAGCAGGUGUUUCCACUUCUGUCACUACAUUUGUUCGACCUACAUCAACAAUUACAUGGGCUUUCAUUCAUUGGUUUGUGUUCAUUCGAUCGUCAUCUUCUUACAGCGUAUCUUCUUCUUAAUGGUCUUGCUGCCUUUUACGGCUAUCAUCACUGCAGUUGA